CGACACGGGCCUCUGUCCGACUCCGCUAAGUACCGAGCCGCUUUGAUGCGCAAGCUCCGGGCCUGCGGCAGCUGCCGCGAACGUAAAGUAAAGCCAUUUUGAUCUGUCUCUUUUCGAAGCCGAGUACAUGAGAUCCAAGAUGGCCCCAGCUCAAAGUUUUCAACGCUUCAACGACUACGUUGACCUUCUUCUCGGAGUCGAAAAGAACCCCGCAAGCAUGCCAUCUCAGACAUUCGACGAGGCUCACGUGGAGAUAGAGACGUUGCUACAGCAGACUCGGGCUCAACACGCUCCAAUCCCGCCAGACCCUGCAUCACCCCUGUAUAACUUCCAAACCGGCAGACCCAUCGCCGCCCAUCCAAGCCCUGACCUUGGAAACGCACAGGACGGAUUCAAUAUGGGGCUUGAGGCGGCAAUGCAGCAGACAGCUCUAGUUUCGCCUAGCUUGGGUUACUUUGAAGGUCCCGGACUUACCGUUGCCGACCCGACCUGGCAUACUCAUACUGGGACGAUACACCAGAACCCCGAUGAGUUGCGCCUAGGUUACGAGAUCCCGCCACAACCAGCCGGAUAUACCUAUACGCAAACCCGAGUUCAGCGAGACCUCGCAACAAGUCCGUAUCCUGUCGGACGUCCUGAACUCGCCAGGACUAGCAUGAAUGCCCGGUACUCUGCGGGAAAUAUGCACCGGAACCUCAGCGGACCAACCUACGAGCCUGCAGAAUCACAUUUUCCAAUCGGUAAACAGGUCACUCGCAACUCAUGGGACUGCAUGUGGGGUAGCGAUGGAUCGGGAUCGUCCUUACCGGCAGGGAAGCGACAGCCUUGCAGCCAGCGAUGCAGCACGUUGGAAGCUCUGAAAAUGCACUUUUCAUCCGAACAUGCCUCGUUCCGCGACGGAGGCUAUAUGUGGCGUUGCACUCAAUGCGGACUUGACUGGCACACUUCUCGCGAAUCGUGUCCCCAGUGUGGAGUGCUUUCCUGGCAAACAUGUUACUGGGCUAAAGUAUGCAUGCCAUCGACACCGAUACCGAGACCACCCGUUCACGUUCCUGCCGAGGACAGGGCUGCCGGGAGUCGCCCACCACCAUGGGAGAACCAGUCUACGCAGACGUCUGGUGUACAUGGGGCUUACAAUUGGCCUGUUAGGUUCUCAAGUGGGGGCUACGGGAAUGUAAGCGGCGAUGGCAAAUAUCUUCAUGCCGCGCUCAUGGGCACGUUGAAAAGCUCACAGCAGCCCAGGGUUGACUGCACCAAGACUGCGCCCGCAACUUGCCGUUCCGGCAAGCGCCUCUCCGAGCUAGCUCGACACAAUGGCUCCAUCAUGAAGCUUGUUUCGCUCGCCUGUGUCUCUGCAACCUUCCCGGGGCUACUUGUUCUCGCCGUCUAUAUUUUCAUUUGGAUUGAUCAUCAGCCGUCGACUCGGCGAUCUUGUGUCCGAUAUAACGAUGCUACCUCGUACAUCGUCGACGGCCGCCUUCCUAGUCUAUCCGUUGCCUGCGUCGCGGUUAGUUUGAUGAUGCCGAGAGUGCUGCGGAAUGCUAGGAUCAGACUGAGACAGCGCCUUGUGCUGACUGGUAAGGUUCACUCGAUUCUGUCCAACUACUUCAGAACCGUGCUGACAUGGGUUAGCGAUCUAAGGUUGUGAUUGUCCGAGAACUCCAUGGCGAGGUUGAGGUCGACGGAGCUGUUCGUUCGAAUAGCAUAUGCCUAUCUAUGCUUGGAGUUCUGUUGUGUUUUCUGGGCGUUCUUUCGGUACAGUAAAAGACGGCGGUGAUAUGGGCUAAUGGCGGAUAAUGGGCGGGUUCACUUUAUGUUGGAUAUGGUGCUAUAUUGGUUUAUACUGGUCGAAUUCACUCCAUAUUUUGGUUUCUGGCG